UUAACCCUUAGCACCUCAGCGUACCUCGGGCUUCUCCCGAGGAGACGGAGGGACAAGGGCUGGCUGGGGGCCGGUGAGGGGCGAUGGCGCCAGCAGCAGGUACUGGGGUCGCGAUGCUGCCGCUUGUCUCGCGGUGCUGGUUCCGCCACGCGAUUCCCCUCGCGGUCCUCCUGCUGCUGCUGCUCUACGUCUGUGCCUGGAGCCUGCGUCCCGCGGCAAUCGGGCCCCCCGGAGGCCCCCGAGUGGGAAGAGCCUCAGUGCGCGGGCCCCCAGGGAGCGCUGGGCCGCGUGGUAGGGCCGUUCCGAGCCAGCCUGCACCCCGAAGGCGAUGUGGCGUUGCCGCAGUACCUCGCGGGAUGGAGGGCGCUAGUCAGGUUCCUAGCUCCCCUCGGCUCCAUCUUCGCCUUCGCCACGAGCGAGGCCUCUGCCAAAGUGAUGGCCCUCGAGGCGCGGGUGCACGGCCCGGAGGCGGCGCACUACUCGUCGCUGGCGGCCAUGGCGGCGUGGGAGCGGCGGGCUGGCCUGCUGGAGCCGCACGGGGUCGCCCCUCGAGACCCCGCCGGCUCCUCGGGCUCGCGCACACUGCUCCUGCUGCACCGAGCGCUGCGCUGGUCCCAACUCUGCCUCCACCGGGUGGCCACCGGGACGCGGGGCGGGCCGGACGCCGGCGCGCAGUGCAGCGACGCGUACCGCACGGCGCUGGCCCCGCACCACCCCUGGCUGACCCGUCAGGCCGUCCGCCUCGCCUUCCUCGCCUUCCCCGGCCGCGGCCACUGGCUAGAGCUGGCGUGCCCGGGCGCCGGGGAGGCGGAGGCGCGGGCCGCGCUGGCCCGGGCGGCGGGCACCCUGGGGGAUGUCUACAAUCGCACGCAAGGCUUGCUGGCCAAACUCGACCUGCUGCAGCUGGCCUGAGGCCCCCGGAGCCCCAAGGGCCGCGCGUCCAGCCAGCCAAUGCCCCGGAGGCGGGCCAGGGGCGGGGCCGCCGAAGCCACGCCUCCCUGUGACGCCACCGCCUGGAGGGCCCGCCCCUCCCGCUCUGCGCAGGCGCGGGGCCCGGGGAGGUGCCGCGCGGAAUAAAGAGCAUUCCUAGCGAGCGGUGGUGGAUUUAGGGCGUCUAGUGUGAUGACAGCAGGCGCUUAAGGGAAAUAGAAAACAAUGAAUGUGGGAAGAUGUGUCAUCCCUGUUCCCGGCAGCCGAGCGACUCACGCCAAC